GUCUUCGUGGUCUGGCAAAACAUCAAUUCAAAACACAACACUUGGUGUCAGCUGUGAACCUGUAAACUUUACGCAGCUACUCAGCACCUUGCAGACCAGUCGAAAUACCAAGAAAUUUGCCCCGAACGCAACAAUUUCAGAAUCUUUAUGCACUGCUAAUUCUUUAAGGAGAAAAGCUGUUGUUAGAGGGUAGGGAGCUGAAUGAGGAAGCCGGGGUUGAGAGUGCUAAACGCGGUAUAGUUGUGGAAGAAAGACUCGCUGAUCAGCGCGUAGAUGGAGAUCUGCUGCUAAAAUUGUAUCGGACACGUUUUUUUGUAUUUUUAAUUUUUGUUUUUUGCAAUUUACAGAUUACGAAAAGACAAAGGGGGUGUGUAUGUAGCGAACUGCUGCAUUAUUUUCAGAACGUUUUGGUUUUUUUCACAGAUCUUAAUUGUAAUUUUGGAGUAUUGGUGAAUUCGGAUUCCUGUAUACACACCAUCUGCAGUGCCAAUGCGGCUGCAGUGAAGUAGGAAAAAAACAGCAAUUACAGGUCUACAAUUUUACAAGUGGAAGAACAACCUUGGGUCAAGAUUGGUUAAAACUAUUGGACUGAGUAUUCAUCCUGGGAAAAUAAACUGUAUUGAAAUUGUAGAAAUGGCAUCUGUUCUGUGGAAAUUGACUUGUUUGACCUUUUACUUCAUGCCAUUUCUAACAACUGUGUCUGCCUCUAGGCAAUCUGUGCACGUCAACAAGGAAUUCAGCACUUUCCAUUUAGAAAAUUCUGAAUGGACUUUCAACCACUUGGCUGUGGAUGUAAGAAAUGGAAAUGUUUACAUGGGUGCUGUAAAUAGAAUCUACAAACUUUCAGCUGACUUGAAAGUCCAGGUAUCCCACCAAACUGGACCAGAUGAGGACAACCCUAAGUGUUAUCCUCCAAGGGUAGUUCAGCCUUGCAAUGAGCCGCUAACCAUAACCAACAACAUUAACAAAAUGCUGUUGAUAGAUUACAAAGAAAAUAGGUUGCUGGCGUGUGGUGGUCUUAACCAGGGGAUCUGCAAGCUGCUAAGACUAGAAGACCUCUUCAAGCUUGGGGAGCCAUCCCAUAAGAAGGAGCACUACCUGUCUGGGGUGAAUGACAGUGCCUCAGUGUUUGGGGUAAUUGUCUCCUACAAGGACUCGGAUGAUAAGCUUUUUAUUGCCACUGCUGUUGAUGGCAAGCCAGAGUAUUUCCCUACCAUAUCCAGUAGGAAAUUAACCAGGAACUCUGAAGCUGAUGGGAUGUUUGCCUAUGUGUUUCAUGAUGAGUUUGUGGCUUCCAUGAUCAAAAUCCCUUCAGAUACUUUUACUAUUAUUCCAGACUUUGACAUCUAUUACAUCUAUGGUUUCAACAGUGGAAACUUUGUUUACUUCUUGACUCUGCAGCCGGAAAUGACCAGUCCUACUGGUUCCAUCACCAAGGAACAGGUCUACACAUCCAAACUGGUUCGACUCUGCAAAGAGGACACAGCAUUUAAUUCAUAUGUUGAGGUUCCCAUUGGCUGUGAGAAGAAUGGAAUUGAGUACCGGUUACUUCAGGCUGCCUACUUGUCUAAAGCUGGUUCUAUUUUAGCCAGGUCACUGGGCGUCAGUCCUGAUGAUGAUGUCCUAUACACCAUUUUCUCCAAAGGGCAGAAACGGAGGAUCAAGUCUCCUGAGGAAUCUGCCCUUUGUGUCUUUGUUCUAAAAAACAUUAAUGACCGAAUUAAGGAUAGGCUUCAGUCUUGCUACAAGGGAGAAGGAACUUUGGAUUUGGCCUGGCUUAAAGUCAAGGAUAUUCCUUGUAGCAGUGCACUUUUAACUAUCGAUGACAAUUUCUGUGGGUUGGAUAUGAAUGCACCACUGGGAGUUUCUGAGUUGGUGAGGGGUAUUCCCGUCUUCACGGAGGAUUCAGACAGAAUGACUUCAGUCAUUGCAUACGUCUACAAGAAUCACUCGCUGGCCUUCAUAGGAACCAGGAGUGGCAAGUUGAAAAAGAUCAGAGUUGAUGGGCCUUCCCAGGGUACCCUGCAGUACGAGGCCGUUCAAGUGGUGGAAAGUGGUCCAAUUUUGCGAGAUAUGGCCUUUUCAGCGGAUCAGCAGUACCUGUAUGUCAUGUCUGAAAAGCAGCUGACCCGGGUGCCGGUGGAGUCAUGUGGACAGUAUACAACCUGCAGCAAGUGUCUUGGCUCUGGGGACCCUCAUUGCGGAUGGUGUGUUCUUCACAAUACAUGUACUAGAAAAGAGAACUGCGAGCGCUCCAUGGAACCCCGAAGAUUUGCAUCCAAUAUCAAGCAAUGCGUCCGGCUGAGUGUUCACCCAAAUAAUAUUUCUGUGUCACAGUACAGUGUGUUGCUGAUCUUGGAGGCCCACAAUGUCCCUGAGCUCUCAGCAGGUGUAAACUGUACUUUUGAAGACUUGGCUGAGAUGGAUGGUCUGGUCGUAGGAAAUCGCAUUACGUGUAUUUCACCAGCAGAGAAAGAAGUGCCUCGAAUCAUUACAGAUAAAGGAGACCAUCAAAUCGUUCAGCUCUACCUGAAGUCCAAGGAAACCGGGCUGGCAUUUGCCAACACAAGUUUUGUCUUCUACAACUGUAGUGUUCAUAAUUCGUGCCUGUCUUGUGUUAACAGCCCCUAUCAGUGCCUCUGGUGUAAAUACCGGCAUCUGUGCACCCAUGACCCACGCGCUUGCUCUUUUCAGGAGGGGAGGGUCAAGCAGUCAGAGGAAUGCCCACAGCUACUUCCCGCAGAGAAGAUCCUUGUCUCUGUUGAAGUGGUGAAGCCUGUCACUCUGAGAGCUAAGAAUCUACCCCAGCCUCAGUCUGGUCAGCGAGGGUACGAAUGUGUUCUGAACAUCCAGGGAGUGGAGAAGAGGGUGCCUGCAUUGCGCUUCAAUAGCUCCAGUGUCCAAUGCCAGAACACCUCUUACUUGUAUGAAGGAAUGGCGAUUAGCAGCCUCCCAGUAGAUCUAAUGGUUGUGUGGAAUGGUGAUUUCAGCAUCGACAAUCCAGCAGAUAACAAAGUUCAUCUGUACAAAUGUGGGGCUAUACGGGAGAGUUGUGGCAUGUGUCUGAAGGCAGAUCCCCAUUUUGGCUGUGGUUGGUGCAAAGGGGAGGACAGAUGUACAUUGAAACAGCACUGCCUUCUGCCAGAGUGGCUGGAGUACUCCGGGAUGAACAACAAGUGCACGAAUCCAAAAAUAACAGAAAUAACUCCACUAACAGGUCCCAGGGAAGGUGGCACCCGGGUGACAAUACGUGGGGAGAAUCUUGGCCUAGAGUUCAAGGAGAUCGAGGCGCACGUCAAGGUGGCUGAGGUGGAGUGCACCCCAGUACUGGAGGGAUAUAUUCCAGCAGAACAGAUUGUGUGUGAAAUGGGACGAGCUGAGCACAGCCAGUAUGCUGGAUAUGUGGAGGUCUGUGUGGGAGAGUGCCGGCCCGAGUUCAUGGCAAGAUCCUACCACUUAUAUUACUUUGUGGUACCAAACCUGUUGGAGCUGAAGCCUAGUCGAGGCCCUGUGUCUGGGGGUACUACUGUAACCAUCACUGGAAGUAACCUUGACGCCGGCAGCAAUGUCUCCAUCAUAUUCAAAGAUCAGAUGUGUGUUUAUCACAGGAGAGCAGCUAAAGUGAUAGUGUGCAAGUCCUUGGCCUCUCAGCAUGGGUAUGGGAACGUCACUGUGUCAGUCAGGGUGGACCGAGCCAAGAUCCAAAAGGAGUUGCAGUAUGAAUUUGUGGAGGAUCCCACAAUCUCCAAACUGGAGCCAGAGUGGAGUAUUAUAAGUGGUAGUACACCUGUAACAGUGUCAGGAACCAAUCUGGACAUCAUUCAAAACCCUCUAAUCCGAGCCAAGUACAAUGGAGUGGAGACUGUCAAUACCUGUGAAGUACUCGACUCCACCACAAUGAUCUGCCAAGCGCCAGAAUUAGCAGUGAGUUCAAACUAUCAGUCUGAUAUCGUAGAGCGUCCAGAUGAGUUUGGGUUCAUUCUAGACAACGUACAGACACUGCUGAUAUUUAACAACACAAACUUUAUUUACUAUCCAAACCCCACGUUUGAACAUCUGAGUCCCUCCGGAGUAGUGGAGCUAAAACCUGGCUCUCCCAUCAUACUAAAGGGUCGGAACUUGCUUCCUCCUGCGCCUGGUGGGAAUGCCAAACUGAAUUACACUGUGCUGAUUGGAGAGAAGCCUUGCACUUUAACAGUGUCUGAGACCCAGUUAUUGUGUGAAUCACCCAAUCUUACUGGGAGGUAUAAAGUACUGGUACGUGUUGGUGGGAUGGAGUUCUCCCCUGGAGUAGUGCACAUCUCCUCAGACAGCCCGCUCAGCCACACAGCUAUCGUCAGCAUUGCAGGGGCGGGCGGCCUGCUCAUCAUCUUCAUUGUGGUGGUGCUCAUCGCCUACAAGCGCAAGUCCAGAGAGAGCGACCUCACCCUCAAGCGGCUGCAAAUGCAGAUGGACAACCUGGAGUCCAGAGUGGCUUUGGAGUGUAAAGAAGCGUUUGCAGAGUUACAGACUGACAUUCAUGAACUGACCAGUCAUUUGGACGGAGCUGGAAUCCCAUUCCUCGACUACCGGACCUACACAAUGAGGGUCCUCUUCCCUGGGAUUGAAGAGCAUCCUGUACUAAGAGAUCUGGAGGUUUCUGGAUACAGACAGGAGCAGGUAGAAAAGGGACUGAAACUGUUUGGCCAGCUCAUCAACAACAAGGUGUUUCUCUUGUCAUUUAUCCGCACCCUGGAGUCCCAACGCAGUUUUUCCAUGCGGGAUCGGGGGAACGUCGCUUCGCUGAUCAUGACAGUUCUGCAGAGUAAACUGGAGUACGCCACAGAUGUGCUGAAGCAGCUGCUGUCAGACCUCAUCGACAAGAACCUGGAGAGUAAAAACCAUCCCAAACUGCUUCUGAGGAGGACUGAAUCUGUUGCCGAGAAGAUGCUGACCAACUGGUUUACCUUCCUGUUAUACAAGUUCCUCAAGGAAUGUGCAGGGGAGCCUCUCUUCUCUUUGUUCUGUGCAAUCAAACAGCAGAUGGAGAAGGGACCCAUUGACUCUAUCACCGGCGAGGCUCGGUAUUCACUCAGUGAAGACAAGCUCAUCAGACAGCAAAUAGACUACAAGACACUUCUUGUGAACUGCAUAAACCCUGAUAAUGAGAAAAGUCCUGAGAUUCCAGUGAAAAUCCUGAACUGUGACACCAUCACCCAGGUCAAGGAGAAGAUUCUCGAUGCAGUAUACAAGAAUGUGCCCUAUUCCCACCGACAAAAAGCAGCUGACAUGGAUUUAGAGUGGCGCCAAGGGAGAGGAGCAAGAGUUAUCCUGCAAGACGAAGAUCACACCACCAAGAUUGAGAAUGACUGGAAGAGAUUGAAUAUGCUGACACAUUAUCAGGUGCCAGAUAGCUCAUUGAUGGCUCUUGUUCCAAAACAAGUCACCUCAUACAACGCAGUCAACAACUCCACCGUCUCCAGAACCUCAGCCAGCAAAUAUGAGAAUGUGAUCCGGUACACAGGCAGCCCUGACAGCCUACGUUCACGUACUCCAAUGAUUACACCCGACCUUGAGAGUGGGGUCAAAGUGUGGCACCUGGUCAAAAACCAUGAACAUGGAGACCAAAAGGAAGGAGACAGAGGCAGCAAGAUGGUGUCUGAGAUUUAUCUGACACGGCUCCUAGCCACCAAGGGCACGUUACAGAAAUUUGUUGACGACCUCUUUGAGACAAUUUUCAGCACAGCCCACAGAGGGAGUGCCCUACCUCUCGCCAUCAAAUACAUGUUUGAUUUCUUAGACGAGCAGGCAGACAAGCACUGCAUCCAUGACCCGCAUGUGCGACACACCUGGAAAAGCAACUGCCUGCCAUUAAGAUUUUGGGUGAACGUGAUCAAGAACCCACAGUUUGUCUUCGACAUCCACAAAAGUAGCAUCACAGACGCCUGCCUCUCAGUAGUGGCACAGACCUUCAUGGACUCCUGCUCAACAUCUGAGCACCGGCUGGGCAAAGACUCCCCCUCCAACAAGCUGCUAUAUGCCAAGGACAUUCCCAAUUACAAGAAUUGGGUGGAACGGUACUACUCGGACAUAGGCAAAAUGCCUAUCAUCAGUGACCAGGAUAUGAAUGCCUAUCUUGCUGAACAGUCCAGAAUGCACAUGAAUGAGUUUAACACAAUGAGCUCGCUCAGUGAGAUAUACUCCUAUGUCAGCAAAUACAGUGAGGAGAUUGUGACUGCACUAGAACAGGAUGAUGCAUCGAGAAAACAGAGACUGGCAUUCAAGCUUGAACAAGUGAUCACUUUCAUGAGUAUAGACAGCUGAAAACCACUGGCCCAGGAAGUGCUGGCAGAGUAGAAACCGAGCCGUGCCUGAAUGAAGACUGUCAUCUUUUUACCAUCAGCAAGUUCCAUUUGGCUACAAGCACUGUCACCAGAUUAUCUCUGCUUUGCGCUACUUGUGGGGAAAAAAAAUAAUACCUAGGGGUGACUGAACUUAGCAUAUUUUUGGCUUCUGGUUGUGCAAUGAUAUUCAUUUAAUGACUCGCCAUGGAAAUACAUCACUAUGAAAACCUAUGAACAACAACAACAACUUGUAGAUGUAAAAUUGCUGUGCUUCCUUAAAUGGAGAGCUUACUCUAGUCUGAUGUAUUGAUAUUACUCUUGGUAUAUUUUAAGUGCUGCUAGAACAGUCCAGUAGAGCAGUUUGGGGAUCAUUGUUGUCAUCAUCAAUUUUCUAUUUAAAUACAAAAGGUAUCGAAAAAUGUUAAUAUGGAUUAAUAUACAGCUCUCAGAAAAUAUUUUCUGUUUUUUAUUAAAUGCUGUGAAAUGUUUAAUGAUUAAAAAAAAAAAAAAAUGCCUGAAAGAGGAAAUGCCACUGACAAAUGAGGAUACAACUACACCCACGUCGCGAUUUACGCAGAUUUUGUUUACUCGUUUUUGGAAUAAGGCGGACGUUGUAUUUAUACAAUUUUUUAAUACACGCGGACGUUUGUUUGGAAUUACGCGGUUUGCGCACCAGUCUGUAACCCAUUAACCCCCACCUCUCCAAUACCACCAGCACCAGCAAGCCACCCCAGCCAGCAUUCAAUGUAAGUGCAGUAUCAAAACUUUUCAUUUAAAAAUGAUUUUCUUAUUUUAGAUAGGCUUUUUAAUGUCUUUAUUAUUGUCAGUAACAAAUAAGCACAGUUUAAAAUAAAACACAGUGAAUGAAAUAGACGUACAAAUGUGUUUUGAGGCAGCAUUUCCCCUAACCCCUACCAUUUCCUUUAUUUCUUAUGGGGAAAUUAAGUUUGAUUUACGUGUUUUUGAAUUACGCGCCGAUUUUCAAGAACGCAUCUACCGCGUAAAUCGAGAAGUGGCAGUGUUGUGCAUUUCCUUCCCUUUCUCACCUUUAAAAAAAAAAAUCUAAAAUGUAAGAUGAUCUGAAUAUACUUAGGUGACAAUGGAGCACGUGUUUUUAGUUGGGGUCUAAUGUCUUGUGGCAAAAGUCCUGAUGUUAAUUCUCAGAGCUGACCCAGUAUGGUUAACUGAGGUGUGUAUGCUAUAUACAGCAACUACUGUAUAUUCACCACUAUUACAAGUUACACUUGUUAAUCAGAUUUAUGAAUAGAUACAGAUGAAGCAUUGUGAAUGCAGUUUACAAACUUUUUUUGUACAAAAAUGCACUUUUAUGAAAGACAGAAAUUCCAACAAAAAAGGCUUAAUUUCACAAUUUGAGUAUGUAAAGAAUCUUGGAAGUGCUUGGAAUUUUAAAGUACGCUCGGUUCCAUUUAAUAUUCUAAAACUACAAGUUAAUUGAAUGUACAGCAAGGCUGAUGGUGGUAACAAUGCUUGUUUAUCCGUGUGUGUCUCCACUGCUGAAGUGAAGUGGUUAGGAGGGUCGUGCACAAUAUCCCUCUGUAAAGAAAAAUUGAUUAGAUAUACCCAGUUGUAAAACAGUCCACAGGCAGUGACUUUUUAUUUGAAAUGCCUGGUCUGGAACAAGGACAGUUUUAAAUAACUGAGGAGUACAAAAAAGAUUGAAAGCAAAUGUUCACAGCAAAUGCUGAUUUUACAUAAUGUCUCUAGACUGCAGAACUGGGAAUUCUAAACUGCCACUUACAGUAAUGCACAGCCAUUUACCUAAUGGGUAAAAACAUGUUUUGGACAUUUUAACUGCAUUUUGAAGACUUUUAUAUCACUGGAUUUCCAGUGAUGACUUUAGUGAAAUGAAUGGACAAUGCUGACCAGCAAAAAACCAAAGGAGUCAGAUUUUUUUUUUUUUUUUGAAGUGCCACAUUGAAACAAAAUAAAACAAAUAUACUAUUUUAUUUAUAGCCUCAGUGUGUCGAAAAAUCUGUGGGCAAGCUGGCUUUUAUUCCUGUCCGUUGUUUUGGUUUUUUUUAGCACACUGUAAAUGUUGCUGAAUACAAUUACCAUUUUGCACAGCAAUAGACGAACAAGAAACCCUUGAAAGAAAGUUCACUUCUUCUUUUGAAGGUACAGAAUUCUUACAUUGAGAUUAAAACAAGAUCUCAAAGAAUUUUGGGAAAAAAAGUUCAGAACAUUGUCAAAAGACAACAAAGCAGCCCUCCCUCCCUUCUACCUUCAAGCUUUAUUUUGCCUUGAAAUGUGCCAGACUUGUGAUGUGAAUGUGUGGAUGCCUCAGUAGGCCCAGGUUGGGUCGUUGGCUUUUUAAGCGCAUGUACUAUAA